GCCAGGCUGCAUGAAAUCAGAAAUGGCGGCAGAGUUCAAGAAAUAAAAGUAAGCUUCACGUUGUAUGGUUUUAGCUUUGAAUGCGAUCCAACAUUGUCAUCAGACAAUAGAAGUGAAAAGCAAUUACAGCCAAAACAGUCAAAGACAUGUCUGGAGUACUACCUGAAGACAAUACUUUGAGCAGCUUCACCUUUGACUGCCUGGAAAUCAUUCACACUGUGGAGUUUUCGCCAUUUAAAAGAUCUUCCAGCCUUAUUGCCUAUGGGGGUGAUAAACGUCUGGCUAUUGCCGUCUGUCAGUUUGGAGAAGAUACGCAGGAGUUCCAGUUUGAGCAUGUGACGGAUUUCCAUCAUGGGACCCGCGUCCAGGGCAUUGCCUGGUCACCCGUGACAUCUGUGACGCACUUGCCAGCCACAGUCCAGUUAUGUAGUAUUGGUGGUGAUAAGCAGCUACGCAUCUUUACAACAAGUGGAAAGGCAGACACAUCUGUCAGCUUGAUGACUGGACACACAGGUUACAUCAAUGCCUGCUGUUAUGAGCCCCUGAGAGGGGAGCAGAUUGCGUCUGUUAGCGAUGAUUACACUUGCAGACUCUGGGAUGUCGAGACGUCGGCAACAAAAGCAUGUAUACCCCUCAGCUCACCAGGCAUGGCAGUCAAAUGGAACCCUAACGAACCAAACAAGCUGAUGGUUGCUGAGAAGAAAGGCAUCAUCCGCUUCUACGACCUUGUCAGUCAACAGCCUAUUAUGUCAAUUAGUACCACCCAAGCACCCUUAAUGGAUGCAGACUGGGCGCUGACAGAUGCUCUAAGGGUGGGUGCGGUCGCUCUAGAUGACUGGCAUUUAUGGGACGUGUCUAAAUCAAGUCUGCCUGACAUUAGCUCCCAAGGACACUCAGGGGGAGUUACUCACUUCAGAUGGUCCCAUAGCCACAGUAAUUUGUUUGCAACAUCUGGUCGCCCUGGCAACCAAGUGAAAGUUUAUCAUGCUGGUCAUCAAAAGUUACCAGUCUCCUGUGACCUGAGGGUCGGUGGCGGUUUAUCAUGGCAUAGUCACCUAGCGAUAUGCGCUGCUGGAGGAGACAAGAAGGUCCACAUUUGGGCUGUAGAGGUUUAGAUGCGUAUCAGAGUGACAGCAUUGGGGGGGAGGGGCAGAAGUGUAACAUGUCAUCAGGCCCCCCUCCCCCUACCCCACAAGAAUGUGCUGUAGAAAGAGAUUGAACUACAUAUCGCAGGGCCAGGGGUGGAGGGGCUAAAGAUGAUUAUUUCAUAAUAUUUAACUACAUAUAUCAAUAAUGGCGAAAAAGGAGGCAGAGGAACAGAAAAAAAAAACACAAAAAGCAUGCUUUUUUCUCUUUUUUUGGUUAAAAUUUGUAAAAAGCAUAGGUUACAAGUUUUUCAUCGGAAGAAACCCCCCACUCGACUGGAAGGUCCGCUCUAAAGAAGGACGAGUUACCUAAGAGGAAAUGGUCUACUGAACGGUUCAUCCCCCCCCCCCCCCCACCCCUCUACGCUUAAAAUCCUGGCUACGGACUAGAGUUCCAUUUACAAUGUAAGAUAAAUAGGCAAGGCUAGGGUUUGAAAAUACGGUUAGAAUUAUACGAUAGAGCAUUCUUUAAAA